AUAGGGGAGUGAAGAAACCAAAGCUGCUGCUGCUACUUGAUUGUACGAAUGUGCCGUUGGGUAUUAAUAUUGCGGUGGAGAAAAUGUUACUCCACCCUUGCCAUCACUGCAAAUUCUAAGAUUGCGGAAUAUGCACGGUUGGGCCAAAUUGACAAUGCCCGAAGGGUUUUUGAUCAUAUGCCCCACAAAGGUGUUGUCUCCUGGAAUUCCAUUAUUGCCGGCUACUUCCAAAACAAACAGCCUAGUGAAGCCCAGAGCCUCUUCGAUCAAAUGCCUGAUAGAAAUUUAGUUUCUUGGAAUGGACUGAUUUCAGGCUAUGUAAAGAAUGGGAUGGUGGACGAAGCCAGAAAGGUUUUUGAUGAAAUGCCCGAAAGGAAUGUUGUCUCGUGGACUGCAAUGGUUAGAGGGUAUGUGGAGGAGGGGUUGGUAUCAGAGGCUGAGGCUCUCUUUUGGCAAAUGCCUGAAAAGAAUGUGGUUUCGUGGACUGUCAUGUUGGGUGGGUUGAUACAACAGGGUAAAAUGGAGGAGGCACAGAGGCUUUAUGAUAUGAUGCCCGCGAAGGAUGUGGUGGCAAGAACAAGUAUGGUUGGUGGGUUGUGUCAGGAAGGUCGGUUGGGUGAAGCUCGAGAGAUUUUUGACAAUAUGCCCCAUAGAAAUGUGUUCUCCUGGACUUCGAUGAUCUCAGGAUAUGCACAAAAUGAGAAGGUGGAUUUGGCUAGGAAGCUUUUUGAGGUCAUGCCUGAGAAGAAUGAGGUGUCAUGGACUGCUAUGCUGAUGGGAUACAUUCAGAGUGAAAGAAUUGAAGAGGCAUUGGAGCUCUUCGAUGCAAUGCCUAUUAAAUCAAUUGUUGCUUGUAAUGCAAUGAUACUUGGGUUAGGCAAGAAUGGGAAGGUCACUAGAGCGAGGAGGAUAUUUGAUUCCAUGAGGGUGAAGGAUGAUGCUGCAUGGAAUGCAAUGAUUAAGGUUUAUGAGAGAAAAGGGUUUGAUUUGGAGGCCUUUGAUAUAUUUCGCUGUAUGCAAAGACAAGGUCUUAGACUGAACUUCCCAUCAUUGAUAAGUGUGCUUUCUGUGUGUGCUAGUCUUGCAAGUGUCAAUCAUGGUAGGCAGAUUCAUGCUCAGUUGCUCAUCAAAAUCGAUGAUGAUGUAUAUGUUUCCUCUGUAUUGAUAACAAUGUAUGUGAAAUGCGGCGACCUUAUCAAAGCAAAGCAAGUAUUUGACAGAUUUUCUCUGAAGGAUGUAGUCAUGUGGAAUUCUAUAAUAACAGGAUAUGCCCAACAUGGCUUAGCAGAUGAAACCCUGCAAGCAUUCCGUGAAAUGUGUUCUCUAGGCAUUGCAGCAGAUGCUGUUACUUUUGUUGGAGUUCUCUCAGCUUGCAGUUACACUGGAAAAGUUAAAGAAGGGAAAGAAAUUUUUGAGGCUAUGAAAUCCAAAUAUUUGGUAGAUCCAGGAACUGAACACUAUGCUUGUAUGGUUGAUCUGCUUGGCCGAGCUGGUCAUUUGGUUGAGGCUAUGGAUAUGAUUAACAAGAUGCCAGUAGAAGCAGAUGCAAUUGCUUGGGGUUCUUUCAUGGCAGCAUGUAGGAACCACAUGAACCUGGACUUGGCAGAAGUGGCAGCAAAGCAACUUCUGCAGCUUGAGCCACAAAAUGCCGGACAUUAUGUUCUGCUUUCCAAUAUUUUUGCCUCUAAAGGCAAAUGGGGGGAUGUAGCAAAGCUGAGGAAGCACAUGCGGUUGAGGAAGGUUAGCCGCUCGCCUGGUUGUAGCUGGAUUGAGGUUGAUAAGAAAGUGCAUAUGUUUACCGGUGGUGAGCACAUGCCGCAUCCAGAGCAUCCAAUGAUUGUCGAGAAGUUAGAGAGCUUAGCUGCAUUGCUAAGGGAAGCUGGAUAUGUCCCUGAUGGCAGCUUUGUCCUGCAUGAUUUGGAUGAAGAAGAGAAGGUACGAAGCCUGGGACAUCACAGUGAAAAGUUGGCUAUUGCAUAUGGACUUCUGAAGUUGCCUGGCGGAAUGCCCAUAAGGGUAAUGAAAAACCUCCGAGUUUGUGGAGACUGCCAUGUUGCUAUAAAGUUAAUUUCAAAAGUUACAGGAAGACUAAUUAUUUUAAGGGAUGCAAAUAGAUUUCAUCAUUUUGAGGACGGAGUAUGCUCUUGCAAUGAUUACUGGUGAACCUUGAAACCUCAUAUUGAAAAGUCAUUCUGGUAGCUGUGCAGAGAAUUGGUUAGAGCAUGACCUGUGCCUGUCUAAAGACAGAUUUUGUUAUAUGGAUAUGCGCAACUGCUUGCCAUAAUGCUGCUUAUAUUUGUGAUUAUAUGUCCUUUAGCAUGGUCACUGCUGAUUUAUGCAACUUUGGCUGAAAAAUAUAUUUGAGCAGCAGCUGUGAGCUGCUUGUCUUCUCAUGAUGACUGAAAACAAACGUCAUACUUGAUGGAGGGAGGGCUUUUGGAGCUGAAGACCCAAAAAACAAUUGAAGUGGUGAUGUGGCCACCAAAGAUAGGCUGCCUUUCAUUCCUUGAUGGUGCAACCAAGUUUUACAGUAAAGGUUUGCAUAUUUCUGAAUAUUCUGCUCUACAUGUGUUCAGGAGAGCUGUUCAAGAAGAGCUUUUGGACAUUUUUGGAUUCCCAAGUGAGUGAGCUCUGUCAACGACCACAAGCUGAAUUUGAGCUCGUGCACCCAAUAAGCAACUAAAGCCAUGUAUUAUCUGUUUGGAUCCGCCCUAUCAAGACGUGGAUGCAAUCAGUAGAAGUUCUCAGAAGCACCAAUGGCCAAUCUGCAUGUCAGAUUAGUGUAAGUGAAGCAAUGAUGACUAUUCCAUGGGAGUUAUUUGUAAUUUACCUUGAGAUUUGCUCGGUGAUUUUUUUUUUUUGUAACAAAUUCUGGCUUAAGAAGAAAUUUGUGUCAAUGGAUACUGAUCACAAGCAAGCUAUGGUUCUUCCAAAGGAAGCUUGGCUUUCUAACCUAACUGUCAUAACAAUUUUUUCCUAGUUCUUUUUCAAGUUUCUUUUAGGAGCCUCUUCCUGUUCUGAUGUACAAGAAAGCGUGCAAAUUCUGCAGAUAGGAUGGUGUGUGUCUAUAUGUGUGAAUUGGCUCGUGAGGCAUGGUAUCUUCUUGAGACAGAAAGUGACGUAGGACAAGAUGCGGUGGAUCUUGCCUACUAGCACUAGCGGAAAUGGGAGGAAUGCUGGCUGUUUUGAGGCUGUGAUCAAUCAUGUAUGGAAAAAGAAGGGAAGACGACGAGAAUUUAGGGGUAAGAAGAACAAACGACUACUAAACUAUUCAUCAAUCAUAUGUUGUAUGUUGUAGAGAAGAUGUCAUCAUUCUUUUUACCCCUCAAAGAUACUCAGCAUCGGGUGUUGCAACUCGUAAAGCUUCUUUGAAACUCGGCAAUAGGUAUUACGAUUUCAUCUACAAUAACCCGUUUGAAAGACAUUGUACCAACUUGAUGGGUUAGGAAUGUCUUCAUUGCGCAUAGAAAGUUUUGAUGUAUCUGGUCCUGAUUGUCUUUUAGGUUUACAGAAAUAAAAAAGAGAUGCUUUUGUUUUGAGCCA